UUGUGGACUCGUGGUGCUGGCUGCCGCUGUUGAGGCGGCCGGGAACGGGCGGUGGGGAGCGGGCGGAGCUGGCCCUGCCUCUGCCUGGCCGUCGCAGCAGUCGGUGCGGGCCGCGUCCGCCGCCGCCAACUGCCCUGAGCGCCUGCUGAGGCCGAGGGAGACGUCGGGGCCUACACCUGGAGGGAGCCUGCCGCGCUGGCCCCGAGGAGGGGGCGUUGCCAUGGCAACAGCCUCUCCUGCAGCUGAUGGGGGGCGGGGGCGGCCCUGGGAAGGAGGGCUGGUCCCCUGGCCCCCUGCCCCUCCCCUUACGCUUCCCUGGACUUGGAUGGGCCCGAGUUGGGGGCAACACCCUGGGGUGGGUGAUGAUGAGUGGCCCCCAGAUUGGGCUCUACUUAAUGCUUGCGUGGUGAGGGUCGCGGUGUGCACGGUUUGUGCGGCGUGGGUACUGGCCCAUGUGCUCACCCUGGAUGCAUGAUCUGAGUAAUGUUCUGGUGGAGGGGGAGAGGGGGAAGGCUUCUGGAGAUAAACCGGGUGAGUUGAUUAAGGGGGCUGACUUUGUAGGUGGGACUACUAGAGAAGAAGAGAGGUUUGACCCAGAGGCUAGGAACGAAGCAAGAAGAUUGUAGAUAGAGCACUCCCUUUACUCCUCCCCAACACAGACGCACACACUCAGGGUUAGCAGUUUAUCUCUUUGUAAAUUUGAAGCAGUGGUAGUAGUGAUGGAAAGAGUGAAUAAGGGUCCUAAUUUGACUAGCUUUAUGUUUGCCUUUCCUGCAAAUGGUCUAGCAAACAAAAACAAAAAGGUCCAACAAACAAAAAAAAGCAUGAACUUCGUUUGAGGCUUGACUGGGAGUUCUUGAAAAAUAGAAGUGCUUCUUUUUGACUUGGAAGGUGCUGGCUGUAAGUCCCCCUCAGUAGGGGUUUGGAUUUUGUCCUUAGGGAUGGAUUUUGCAACUAAUAGUGCCAUCAUUGCCUCUGCUAUAGAUCUCUGCCUACCUUAGUGGUAUUUACUCUUGUCAGAUAUUUCAUCAGUCUCCCAGCUGAAGGGCAGCAAAACACGAAUCUCAUUGGCUAAAGACUAUAGUCUUUGAACUAUAGUAGGUUGUGAUUGGCUGAAUGAUUUCAAUUGUAGAAUUUCUUCCAGAAAUUGACUUCAUCAAAUUCUGCUUUAUUCUGACUUUAUCAUACACAGCAUGUCUUGUUUUAGUGGGUUCAUGCUUAAAGCUUAAGUAUAUUAUACUUGAAUCCCCCACCAUUUAAAAGCCAAUUUAUAAACAGGGACUUGGAGUGUGACUCGCUAAUGUGUGUCUGUGGUCUUGGUUAGAAACCCACUUGGCUGCCUUUCAUCAGGAGGUGGAGGGUGGGGGAAGGGAGCUGCUGGGAAGUGAUUGAUAAGGUUUCCUUUAUGGAUUCUGUGGUGCUUCAUUGGAGCUCAGAGCACUUUGGCAACUUAAGCACUCCAAAUUAAAAGCUCAUUAACAAUUCCUGCCCAAAGAUCGUGUAAAUAAUCAGCUAGCUAGGUCAUAGAGCUUGGCUAAGAGCUCUCCUUCCAACUUGAAAUUUCCAAAUAAAAGUGCUUUUAUUCCCUUUCAUUUUGAAAAGUGUUUUCUUUGUGUUGUGGUAAAUUGGUGAGUGGCCUUUUCCCAGGGGAUCUGAGUUGAAUAAAGUCUUAAGUGUGUAGAAUGUUAGACAGGAAUAUAUUGGUUCUAGUCCUAGGUGUCUCUUUGUGCAGAGAGCAUCACUAGUUUACAAGGGUAUCUCUGCAACAUAAUCCUUUGGAAUAUCUAAAUUAGUUGAUAAAUAUGAUAGAUAUCCAUGUUUUGACUUUGGGUCACCUUAACUUUUUUUAGAACUUGAGGCAGAUUUAGAAGUAUCCUAAAAGUAUUUCCUGGUCCGUAUGGCCAUUUGCAAUAUGGCCUGUGGAUUUGUAGAAGCCAACCCCUCCAUGAGUCCUGGUACAGCCUUAAUUCCAGAGUUCUGAAUAUUGUCAGCCUUACCAGUGUUUUCUUCCUUGACUAGGGUAGGAUUCUGAACUCAUCCAGAGAGUUACCACUUUAUGACUGUCUUUCUCAGUCCAGGCUCAGAUAUGGUAAAUGUUUAGUGUUUCUAGGAGGUAAGCCUCUUUAGGAGGAAAAGUAUACUACUAGAGAACAUGAAAAUAAUUACAAAAACAAAUAUAGUACCAAUAGCUUCUGAAAUCUCUGUAGGGGCACUGUCUUUCUACAUAGAUAGAGCUGUUAUCCCAGAGUUUGAGUUUAGGCUUUUGAGAUGUAGUAUGAUCCUUAAUGUGGUUUUGAUCCUUUGUAUUGAAAUAGACUUGUUGCAGAGAUGUGUAUUUAUCCACAGCAUUGGGGCAUUCCAGCUCUCACAGAACCUUCAGCAUCUCCAGCAGCCAGUCUUGGCAUCUUUGAAGUAAGAAGAGGAAAUCAUCGAGUUCCCCAUCCUGAAGCUAAAUGGACGGACCAUGGAGAUCGAGUCUACCUUUCACAUGUAUGUCCAGCCUGUAGUCCAUCCACAACUUACCCCUUUUUGUACAGAGCUGACUGGGAUUAUUCAAGCCAUGGUGGAUGGUCAGCCAAGCCUGCAGCAAGUGCUGGAGAGGGUCGAUGAGUGGAUGGCGAAGGAAGGCCUCUUAGAUCCAAACGUCAAGUCAAUUUUUGUCACCUGUGGAGACUGGGACUUAAAAGUCAUGCUCCCAGGCCAGUGCCAAUACUUGGGCUUGCCAAUUGCGGAUUACUUCAAGCAGUGGAUUAAUCUGAAAAAGGCUUACAGCUUCGCCAUGGGCUGCUGGCCCAAGAAUGGACUUCUAGACAUGAACAAGGGCCUCAGCCUGCAGCACAUAGGUCGGCCCCACAGCGGCAUCGAUGACUGCAAGAACAUUGCCAACAUCAUGAAGACACUUGCAUAUCGAGGCUUCAUCUUCAAGCAGACAUCGAAGCCAUUCUGAUUGGCCAAGGACAGGAUGGGGCAGGACAGGGUAGCUGUUUGGCUUAGUCCAGAAUCCUCCUCUCCCUCUCUAGAGGGGAAAAGGGAGAGUGGCACAGCUCUGCAUCCAGAGUGUCCCCCCAGUUGCCCUAUUGGGUUUAUGCCCUGGGCAAGGGCUUGGCCAACUUGGCCUCUCUGGAGCAGACACUUUUUGCCCCCCCCCCAUCCCCACCCCUCAAUCUCAGCCCAGUAUCAGUCCUUCCCAUUGUUGGCCUGGGCUAGGGGGACCCAGGCACUAACUGCCUCCUCCCUGGUAUACAGGCUUCUGCUGGGGCAUCUAGCCCCUUGUGCCCCUUCCCAUCCAUAGUGCAUGGUGUGUGGUACCUCCAGGGCUCCAGGACAGAUCAGGCCCCACCUUGUGUCUACCCCAUCCCCGCUGUGAACGUGCCACUGAAUAAAGUCGGGGAAAUGAGGCCCUG